AUGGCUCCCUUUGGAAGAAACUUUCUAAAGACUCGGCAUAAAAACAGAUCUCCAACUAAAGACAUGGAUUCAGAAGAGAAGGAAAUUGUAGUUUGGGUCUGCCAAGAAGAGAAGAUUGUCUGUGGGUUAACUAAACGCACCACCUCUGCUGAUGUCAUCCAGGCUUUGCUUGAGGAACACGAGACUACAUUUGGAGAGAAAAGAUUUCUGCUGGGGAAGCCCAAUGAUUACUGCAUCAUUGAGAAGUGGAGAGGCUCAGAACGAGUUCUUCCUCCAUUAACGCGAAUCCUGAAGCUUUGGAAAGCUUGGGGGGAUGAGCAGCCCAAUAUGCAAUUUGUUUUGGUUAAAGCAGAUGCUUUCCUUCCGAUUCCCUUGUGGCGGACAGCUGAAGCCAAAUCAGUGCAAAACACAGAAAAACUGUGGGAGCUCAGCCCAGCAAAUUACAUGAAGACAUUACCACCAGAUAAACAAAAAAGAAUAGUCAGAAAAACUUUCCGGAAACUGGCUAAAAUUAAGGAGGACUCGGUUUCCCAUGAUCGAGAUAAUAUGGAGACAUUAGUCCAUCUGAUCAUUUCCCAGGACCAUACUAUUCAUCAGCAGGUCAAGAGAAUGAAAGAGCUGGAUCUGGAAAUUGAAAAGUGUGAAGCUAAGUUCCACCUUGAUCGGGUAGAAAACGACGGAGAAAAUUAUGUUCAGAAUGCAUAUUUAAUGCCCAGUUUCAGUGAGGCUGAGCAAAAGCUAGACUUGCCGUAUGAGGAAAACCAGAUUCUGGAGGAACUGAGUGAAAAUGAUGGAAUUGUACAACUGGAAGAACAACUAAAAUAUUACAGGAUGCUCAUUGAUAAGCUCUCUGCUGAAAUAGAAAAAGAGGUAAGAAGUGUUAGCACUGAAAUAAAUGAAGAUACAAAGGGGGCAGCUGCAAAUGAACUGGAAAGCUCUAAUUUAGAAAGUGUUAAGUGUGAUUUGGAGAAAAGCAUGAAAGCUGGUUUGAAAAUCCACUCUCACUUGAGUGGCAUCCAGAAAGAGAUUAAAUACAGUGACUCAUUGCUUCAGAUGAAAGCAGAAGAAUAUGAAUUGCUGGCCAAGGAGUUUAAUUCCCUUUACAUUAGCAACAAAGAUGGAUGCCAGCUACAAGAAAGCAGAGGGAAGGAAUCCAAGGUUCCCAGCAGCAGUGGUGAAGUUCCUCCCUUUGCUCAAAGGGUAUUUAACAUGUAUACAAAUGACACAGACUCGGACACUGGUAUCAGCUCUAAUCACAGUCAGGACUCAGAAACAACUGUAGGAGAUGUGGUGCUGCUGUCAACAUAA